GAGCAGGAGCAGGAGCAGGUCGCCAGGUUACGUGGAGGUGUUAAAAAACAUUGGGCUAACCCUCGUGGACUUUGACACUAGGGAUUUCAAGGGAAAUUCGCCUUGUCAGUCUUCAAAAUCUCACACCUACCGUCAACCACAGAAGUUCGCGCUCGUGAUAUGUGCUGACAUUUUUAUUUACUCUAUUUAUUUCUUAAAAUGAGUACCUCAAAGACCAUAUUGUUAGAUCGCUUAGACGAGUAUCUCGACACUUACAGUGGGCGAGAUAAAUUUCUUAAAGCUCUGUGUUACUCAUUAAAGUUUGCGACAGGUUUUACUGACUCUGAGAAGAGUCUUCGCGAUUUGAAGCUUGUCAGUUCUGAGAUAAGUAACUGUCGAACCAUUCUCAGAUUUCUUGAUUAUGUGUCAGUUGCAAAGUAUGUUCUUUCCUAUAAAUUUGGUAAAAAUGAGAAAGACAAGUAUCUAAAGAUGAUAGGAAGAGCAAGCUGCAUUCUUGACGUUAUAUUUUAUCCGUUGGAGCAAGUUGCAUGGUUUGCAGAGAGAAAGAUUAUUAAAGUGAAUCCAGAUCCUUGGUCUGACGCAAGUACUGUAUGUUGGGUUCUAUCUUUAUACCUUGGCUUGAUGAAAGCAUUGAGGAGUCUGUCGCUUCUUGAACAACAUAAAAAGUGUUUAAAAACGACUGAUGCUGAUGUCGGAGUUUCCCUUCAAAGACUACUUGUUCAACAAAGAGGCUUGCUUCUGCUUGCUGUUCGCACAUCUUGCGAUUUGGUGUAUGCUGUUCAUUACUUGCCUGAAGGAUUCCUCUGGUCUACGAAACUAAAAACUUGGCAAGUUGGUGCUUUAGGAAUGGUUUCAGCUGGAAUUGGAAUUUUCCAGUCUCUCUCUUCAUGGACUAAAAUGCCUCCCUCUUAAAAAUAUUUUGGUUGGGUUCUUUAGAAAUUGAGUCUGUUCAUUGGGCUCAUUUAUCAUCUUUAUUGGGGUGUGGUGUAAUAAUUUGUAUGAAGAGUAAGGGGGAAGUAGAACAAAGCUCACAAUAAACCACCAUUCUCACGCUGACAUAGAAAAAUAUUGCCAGUGCGAGAGUGACUGUCAUUCCCCAUUUGCAUAUUUGUCAUUCAUCUUCUACAUUAAGUGUUGUGGCAGAUUCAGCGGCUGUGAAAAGUAUUAACAUGACUUUAAGGCAUUUAUAUUUUAGUAUUUGUUGGAGACUGCAAUCUUAAGCUAGCUUGUUUUUUAAUCAUUCAGAUAUUAUAUUCUGUUGAAUCUUAAAUAUUUUUAUAUUAAGAAAGCAAUUUUUAACAUAAUGAAAUUCUUUGUGGUGCCAUAUUAAAAUGAUGAAACUGUUACUGUGCUUAGAGGUUUGUCUCCUUUUACUUUUAUUAUUCAAACUGAAGUUUCAGGACAGAGGGUUGGAUUUAAAAAGAAAUUGACUUACUGUUUUCAACAAAUAUAUAGGCAUGGAUUUAUUAAAUAGCAUGUUUCCAAAUUCCAACAUAGAUCAUUUCAAAAGGCAUGUUUUGUUUUAUACUCGCUUUUUGUUGAUGUUAUUGUUUAAGUGUUGAAACAAGCCUUUGGAAAUUUUAUAGAACGCUCAGCAUUUCAAUUUUACAGUAAAAUUUAGACAACAGUCUGUUUUCCUGAAAAUACACAAGCUAUAAACAUAUCGCAUAUGCAAUAAUUACAGUAUUUUAUAAAAUCUAAGAAGAAACAGAACAGUAAAAACAACUAUAUAGUAAUAUUUAAAACAGCAAUAUUUUGUCUCUAGAAAGGUCAAGUAUAACAACAUGAGAGAUUUGUUUGUCUGUCCAUUCUUUUGCAACAUAUAAUUGGUUUUGGUGUGUCUGUCUAAAACAUAUACUUCUCACUACAGGAGUCACUACUUCAUGCUAAGUCAACAAGAAAAUAGUUCACAUUUCUUACUGCAGUAGAAUGAAAGUAGUGACAUUAAUGUAACCAUUUGAUACCCUGAUCAAUCAACUUCUCUCAGCUUCAUAAAGAAAAUAAAGUUUAUUUCUGUUUCUUAGGCAUUAAUUUUGAUUUCUAUAUCAUAGUUUUACUGUCAAGCCUUGAUGAGGGUUACUUAGCUUAGAGUCAUAGGACUCUUAGAUUAGACCUCAAAGAUUUCAACUGAAAAUACUUAUGUUCAGCAUUUCAACUUGCCCACUCAGUUCACACAGAAUUAAAUUUUGGUGUUGGUUGUAAA